UUACGUCUACUCUUUCAAAAUUCACACGAGAAGCGGAUCACCAUGUGAUUAUCUCUAUAUAUACCAUGCUCCCUCUCCACACUCUUCUCGCCAUUUUCCUGCUUGGAGAGAGAAACGACUUUCUGCUUGAAUCAAGGGAUUAGGAGUGUGAAGAGCUAGCAAUAAAACAGUUAUAGCAAUCAAUCAGAGAAGAAGAUGAACUCAAUGGAGGUAUUUGGAAAAUCCAUGGUAGCAACAAAUGUUAUUUACCUGUCAAGUAUACUAGGGCAAGAUGAGGGUUUUGUUCACAAGUGCGAUUGGAAAUGUGAAAACGAGCAGGUGUGUGGGAACAUGUUUCGCUGCAAACUAACAGGGCUCACACACAUCUGUGACAAAAACUGUAACCAGAGAAUUGUUUAUGAUAACAACAACUCACUUUGCAGAGUGAGCAGACAGGUUUUUCCUCUAACAGCAGCUGAAGUACAGGCUGUGAAAGGUGUUCGAAGGAAGCUGGAAGAGGAGAGUAGUGCUUGUUCUUCACCUCCGGAAUCCUGUGCUUUUAAGCGCAGAAGGAGUGGACAAUUCCAUUCCUCUCCUUUUGAGAGAUCCUUUUCCGCUGUUGCUCCCAUUCCUGUUUUCACCCAACUUGGAGAUAGCAUUAGCAUGGAUAUUAAUUAACUAGGCUUAGCAUAGUAGAGAGAGAGAGAGAGAGAGAGAGAGAGAGAGAGUAUUAUUAAUAACUUUGAAUCAUGUUGUCUUUCUGCAAACUUUAUGCAAGUACCUAAAUGGCAGUCGUGCCUCUAUUUGUAGGAGAAAAACUUAUAAUAUUCGGAUCUUAUGUAUGUAGUAACUACUUCUUCUUUAUAACUCGGCUUUAAGCAAGGAGUUGAGACAUUAUUACCCUUUAGUUGGCCUCUUGUCUUGUGUUUACUUGCUAACAUUUGAAUUUGAUACAUACCCCCACCCGAAUCUGUUACUUGUUUGAUAUGAAUUUUGUACCUUGGCUUGCUAACUACAUCUUUUUUGGGAGUUUUAGUUGACAGGAAUAGACCAGUUGAGAACCCAGGAGAAGAGUUUCAUCUUUCAUGUCUAACUUUGUUUCCUUUUUUGCAGGAUUAAUUCCUUUUUUAUGUAUUCUAAUUAUUUGGGUGUCUUUAAGAUUUUGUUUUUUUUGCAGGAUGGCAAGGUUUUCUCAUUCAGGAGAGUUGUAAAUAGUUUAUGAAUAUACUAAUAAUGAUUUGUUUUGUGAUAUUUAUGAGUCUUUGAUUGGUUACUGAUAAAUGUUUGUCUUUAUCUCUUUUCAGUAUUCUUUGGAAUGAAGGCCCUACAGGAUUUAUUUCAACUUUCAAGGGUAGAGACACUGUGCAGAGAGUGUGAUGACCUACAUAUGAUGAUGAUGAUGAUGCAUUGAAGAGGUUGAUGGAGUAAAGAAAGAAGAAAGCAGCAGCAGCAGCAGGGGGGAAAAUCUUAAAUCCAAUGCAAGAAGCAGUUAAAGAUUUUUAAAAACUUUGAGAGGUUGCUAGUGAAGCUAAUCAGUCUCAUAGCCAGCCAACAUGGUAUCCGUGGAGUGAAACACAGUCUUCUCAUCUUAAAAAAGAGAGCAACAAAGAAUUUGAAAUUCACCUCCUGUUUCUUAAAUCCACAUAUCAUGGCAUCUUCUUUACACAAACCUUAGAAGAGAGAGAGAGAGAGAGAGACUCGUAAAGAAGGCCUUGUUUAUAUAAGGAUGGUGAUUCAACAAGUCUUGCUUUUGUUACUACAACCAACAAGUACACGCUUGCUGCAAUUUUUGGUUUUAGGAAAGGCUGAAUUCGUAUUUCUCUUUUUAUGAAACAAAGGGCAAUAUAAUUUUUGAUUUCUACAUAUUUGGUCAUUGAAUUUUUUUUGUUUAUAUUUAUCCCUUCAACUUGUUAAAUUGUAUACAUUCAGUCAUUAUGAGUUGGGAAAAAUUUAUUUUUUAUUUUGUACA